AUGGCGAAAAUGAACAACAUGAUGAUGAAGAAGAAGACGACCCAAGGUCGAAAAAAAAUCGAGAUCAAGAAGAUAGACAACUUGAGCAACAGGAAAGUAGCCUUCUCCAAGCGAAGAGUCAGUCUCUUCAAGAAAGCAAGUGAACUUUGCGUCUUGACCGGGGCAGAAGUUGCCAUCAUCGUUCAUUCUUUGGGCAAGCGCGUCUUUGCCUUUGGUCACCCCAACAUUGACGCUGUUAUUAACCGCUAUACCACGGGAUCGGCAUCAUCAUCAUCAUCAUCAUCAUCAUCCUCGUCAUCCGUUGCUGAUCCGAAUACCCUGUUGGGUGCUCAUGAGAUUCAACAACACAACCGACACUAUGCUAAAGUGUCCAAAAAAUUAGAAGUCGAGAGAAAAAGAAAGGAAUUGAUUGAAGGUUCGAAGUUAGAGAACGGCGGGAGUUUUUGGUGGGAUGACCCAAUUGAGCAUAUGGGUUUGGAGGAGCUUCAACAGUAUAAAGCUUCAUUGGAAGAGUUGAAGAAAAAGCUGUUGAUGAGAGCCGAUGACUUGAUGCUGUUGAUAAAUUCUUCUUCUUCUUCAACUAAUUUGGGCUUUAAUAAUAGCGGUGAUAUCAAUCCCGGCGUGACUGCAGUUGGUUGUGAUGAUAUGUUCUUCAAUCAGACGACGACUGAAUACUGCAACAACUCCAUCGUUCCUUAUGGUUCUGAUGACUUCGGAAAUUCUCUGCAGGUUUGA